CUUGUGUAAGGACAGGUAGCUGGGAAAUUGAGAUGCGUUUGUUUUCCAUAUUAAGAUUACAAAAGCAAGCCAAAGGACCCAACCGAGCGAGAAGGUGCUGACGCCUCCAGUGCGGGCGCCAGAGCAGACCAUUUCAAGCUCCCCGAUGGCCAUGGCUGUGGAUUUUAAAACCUAUGUGGAUCAGGCAUGUAGAGCUGCUGAGGAGUUUGUCAAUAUUUACUAUGAGACAAUGGACAAAAGACGACAUGCACUUGUCAGGCUGUAUUUGGACAAGGCCACUCUAAUCUGGAAUGGAAAUGUUGUUACAGGGCUGGAAGCCCUUGCUAAUUUUUUUGAGAUGUUGCCUUCCAGCGAAUUCCAGAUCAAUAUGUUAGAUUGCCAACCAGUUCAUGAGCAAGCUACCCAGUGCCAGACUACAGUGCUUGUUGUGACCAGUGGAGUCGUGAAGUUUGAUGGAAACAAGCAGCACUUCUUUAACCAGAAUUUCCUGCUGACUGCGCAGAGCACGCCUAACAGCACUGUGUGGAAGAUCGCAAGUGAUUGCUUCCGUUUUCAAGAUUGGGCUAGUAUUUAAAGGAGCAAAAGCCCAUUCUGUUGGUCCAUUAGUUCCAGCAAGAGAAGUUUAAUGUGAAUUAAUAUAUUUCGUUGCAAAAGUAGUAUAAACUUAAGUGUAUGUGGUAAAACUAAAUGUAUGUGAUAUUUUUUUAUUCCUAGCAGCGACUUUGCUCGAUCAGCUGCCAGUUUGGAUUAUUGCACUUAAGAGCUUUAAAGAUAGGUUUUUUUUUUACAUGCCUUAUGCAUACAUUCCACUACUGACACUCUCAAAGUAAUGUUACACAAGAUCUAGAUAUGAAGAUACUCACUGUGAACCCAGUCUAUUGCACAAAUGGAAUCCUUUAGUAAUACUGUCUAUGGGAUAGCACAAGAUACCUUUGUAGGAAGAAGUAGUGGUUUUUCACUUAUUAGGGUAAUUUCUCAAUGAAGCACAUGCCUGUUUACGAAUAACACUGGUACUGAAGUUUUAAUAUAUAAGUAUAGAUAUUUGAAGUCAGCUCAACUUAGUUUUAUGCUAGUGUUCUGAUAUGUUUGAAUUGCAUCUAAGUGUACAAUAGUCAAUGCUGUUUUCUCACAUUGACAUAUUUCCUUUUGAAAUGAGGUGAUCAGCUUGAUGGGAGGAAGAUGUUUUGGCUGAUACUUGCAUAUUGGGUGCAUUUAGUGGCAGUAACAACUCUGAAACAUUUUUGUGGCAGCUUCAGGUCAAGAGAUUUAUGUGAUAAAUUGGAGUGAAAAUAAAAGCUCUAAUGCGGAGAGUAGGAGUGAGAAAUACAGAGAACUAAGACGCAAGCCAAAAACGAGAGUGGUCCUAAAAACUAGAUCUUAGGAUCAUUGUCCUUCCCCUUCGUGCUUGUCUCCAGUAUCCAUCCCAGUUUAUUUAUGAGCAUAAACAAUUAAGAUAUCAGCAGGAAACUUAACUUGGUCUCAGAAUCUGACAUUUAGAAAGCAAGCUACUGCCUAGUCUCUGUGCAUGCUGAACUCCAAAGUCUUUCGUGUCAACUACAAGCCCAAAGCUGCCCGUAUAUUACCUGCCACUCACAGGAACAAUUUUCUUCUCUUGUUUUUGCACUGUCAACUGUAUUGCUUACUUUUUAACAUUAAGUCUGAUUUUAUGAUUUAUUUCUGUAUGGCACUGGAUAAAAAAAUAUUAAAGCAUUUCUGCCUAUGGUUAAAAAAACCAAAAAUCAAAGAAAAGAUCUUCAUGAUAAACUUCAAAGGAACAAACUCAUUAACUUUAUGUCUUAGCUUAUAAAGACAGAAAAAAAAAACGUUUUAGCUUUUAAUUAAACUUUAUAAUUCUUCGAAAUUUUAAAAUAUUUUAAGCUAAGCAUUCUAGCUUUGUUCUGUAGUAUGAUCAAAAUUAAAUUAUUUACCACUCAAUUUUAAAACUAGUAAUUUACUUUGGCCAGAAAUGCACUAAAUUUGUAAUUAUUGUAUUAUUUAAAUUAAAUAGAAGGGGAUAGAACUGAUAUUAAAACCAUGGCUCAUUUCAGUUCUUAUCAAAACAUACACAUUCUAGUCUAUUCGGAGUGAGCUUUUCUUAUCUUCAAUUUUUUCCACUAAAUAUAUCUUUAGCAGAAAUAAUUAAAAUGCCCAAUCACUGCCCUUUCUAUUGGUGGAGAACAAUUUCAAAAACUGUGUAUAAUUAGCAAUAACAGAAUUGAACCAUUGUAAAUUAUUUUAUCCAUACGCUGUAUAGUUCCAUAGUGUGUAUGACUUUAAAUGGCUGGAACUGCUCAUAUGUGGACUAAACUAUUUUUGACAUGUUCAUAUUUUUAUAACUUAAAAAUAAAAUAAAAUUUGCAUUUUCACAAGUUUU